AUGAAUGAUGCCCCGCCUCUGGCUGCCCAACCAUCAUCAAGCAGCGCCAAUGCCUCACCUACUGCGAGUAGCCUUGAUGCCCCAAACCCUCCGGCUCAGCCUAUGAGCGAAGAAUCGCAGGCCUUGCGCGACCACAAAGCCAAGCUCUUUGACCACCUGAUCCGCAGUCUGGAUAUCGCCUUCUACUGCGAGAUUUCCAUCCUGUACUACGAGGACUGCUCCACUUUCCGCUUCCUCAUCCGCGCCCUCCCGCAUUGGUUUACUUUCACGCCCAAGCCUGAGCCCGCUCCACCAAUCCCCUUGACACAGCGUCCUUUCCUCACCACCAUCUUUGCCACAAACAUUCUAUGUGCUAUUCUCCAUAUCCUUUUCACGCCACCAACUGGUGGGGAAGCUGUGAGGUACUACCUCCAUGGGGGGCUGAUGAUGGAUUUCGUCGGCCGAAGCAGCCCCGUGAGCAAGUGGCGAUUACUGAGUUUGGAUCUACUCUGUCUGGUGUUACAGGCGGUGCUAUUGAGCGUGAUGUUUGAGAAGCAGGAGGAUCUGGGGUAUCAGAAUUCCGAACGGGCGGUGGCCGGGGAGGCGCAAGAUCAUGAUGCUGAAGAAGCUGGCUUACGCCGAUCGACAGAAUUACCACAAGCAUAUGAGCUGCAGGAUAUGCGGCCAGACGCUGAAAACUCGAUCGGGAUAGAUGCUGAAGGAGAAGAGGGGUUGGAAGCUUUUGGAAAAGAUGGAGAGUCUCAUGCUCUGGACCGGUUCUAUACAGGUGAUCACAAGAUUGUGGACCUGCACUUGUUGAGAGAUCUGCGCGCCCAAUGGAAGAAGCUUUUGCUUCCUCCCGAGGCUACAAGCUCUUCUAGAGUACAAAUUGUGGCCAUGGCAGCGAGGAGGAGGCUGUCAAGUACAGUCGGAGGAGACUGGACCUUGCGGAAUGGCUGA